CAUAAGGAGUUCCGAACACACAAUGGCCAUGCACACAGUAUGCGGAUUGCGCAUCACAGGAACCACUGUGACCAUCAACAGAUUUCAGACGCUACCGUACGCCUCCUCAACUCCCCCUCUCUCUAUCUCCGCUUCAAUGGCCUCUGUUCCUCUCUCUUCCACUGUCUUCUUCGGUUCAAUUACUGCCAAAAAAUCGAGGUUCAGUUCUUUCCCUCUCGAAUUUCGACCGUUGAAGAAGACUCAAAGAGUCAGGGUUUCUGUCUGCAGAGCUGCAUCGGUUGUUUUUCGCGAUCUCGAUGCCGAUGAUUUCAGACACCCUCUCGAUAAGCAGAAUACGCUGAUUUUGAGGGCGAUUCCAGGAUUAAACGAAAUCGGAAAGGCUCUAUUAGGAACCGUGACAGAGCAGGUCAUGCUUCUCGAGAAUAUAGGAACAUCACUUCUUGUUUCCAAAAAUCAGCUUUCUGAUCUUCAUCAAUUAAUGCUUGAGGCUGCGGAAAUACUGAAUCUUGAUGCUCCUGAUUUAUACAUCCGGCAAAGUCCUGUACCAAAUGCAUAUACUUUAGCUAUCAGUGGUAAAAAGCCUUUUGUUGUUGUUCAUACAAGCCUUGUGGAGCUUCUGACACGAAAGGAGUUGCAGGCUGUUUUGGCUCACGAGUUGGGUCACCUGAAAUGUGACCAUGGUGUAUGGCUUACUUUUGCAAAUAUUCUCACUCUUGGGGCCUAUUCUUUACCUGGGCUUGGUGGGUUGAUUGCUCGGCAAUUAGAAGAACAGCUAUUUCGGUGGCUCCGAGCAGCAGAGCUAACUUGUGAUCGUGCAGCCCUUCUUGUUGCUCAAGAUCCCAAGGUGGUCAUCUCUGUUCUGAUGAAAUUAGCAGGGGGCAGCCCAUCUUUGGCUGACCAAUUAAAUGUAGAUGCAUUCUUGGAGCAGGCUCGCUCCUAUGAAAAAGCUUCUUCAAGCCCAGUGGGGUGGUAUAUAAGAAAUGCUCAAACAAGGCAGCUUUCACAUCCUCUGCCUGUUCUACGUGCUCGUGAGAUUGAUGAAUGGUCAAGAAGUAAAGACUACAGAUCCCUUUUGAGCCGUGCAGCACCGAUAAAUUCUGUACAAAAGAUUUAGCUGUGGUGUGUGGAUAGAGUUCACAGUUUAAAACAGCUUGAAUAGAUUUUUGUUUUCAUGUGAAGAUUACUGGAGAUGAAGAGAGCUUAUAUGAGAAUCAUGUCUUCCAUAAAGUUCUGAUUUAUCCAACUAUUGUAAAUAUAAAUAUACAAUAUAAGAAACCUCAGCUUAUUUCUUGGUAAAUCCUGGGCCCAGGACACACGUAUUAUGCCAACCAAAGGAAGUUGUCAGAUGGCCAGCCAAAUAAUGUAUUUGGAGUUCACCAAGAUUGACAUUUCUUCAGGCACAGGUAAUAAACACUAUGCUGAUUGAAGAAAGUUCAGUGGCAGUCAAAUGAAUGACAUUUUGGAAGCCCUUUUAAAAUCUUUGAUCUCCUGAUCUCUGUCAUUAAUAUCUAAACCUGUGAGUGUAAUUAUAAGUUAUAACUAACAUAUUCACCUUCUAGUUCUUCCCCCUCUCUCCCCAAGAGUUCUCCUUCUCACUGAGUGUAUCUUUUCUGUUCUAUAGCCAAUACCAUUUUUCUCUCACACAUUCCUUUCUACUUCAUUUAGAUCUUGGAAGACGCUAGGAAAUAAAAAAAAUUAGAAAGGAAUCUCAAAUUUCUGUUUAGUUUAUCAUGAAAAUGGAAGGGAACUGCAGUAUAAUGGAUGUUUUUAAAACUUAUACAUUUCAUUUUUCUUUUGAUGGACAAACUUAUACAUUUUCAAAUAUUCCAUUCUGUAAUUCUAUAUAAGGGGGAAUAGUUUUUCUCGCCUUCCAUUUUUCCUUAAUUCUUUUAGCUCUCUCAAUGUACACACUGCAAUAGGUUUGUACUGUUAACAAGACAAAUAUUAUUGUUUGGAUUGUAGGACUUAGAAAUUUUGGAUAAAGUAAGACCAUAUAGGGACUAUUUCACUCCACUUGAUCGAUGCCACUUGUUCUUACAGUGGCUUCUUUGCCUAUAAAUUUCAGCCACCCUUGCCCAUGCAGUUUUGCACACUUGAUACCUGAAGCAGCCAUGGUUUCCCUUUCCUAUGUCACCAUCUUUUUCUGUCCCCUAUCCUGUUUUCUAACCAUCUUCCUACAUCUUGCAUAAUCCUGACUUCAUGCGCCAACAAAUCACCCAUAUCUGACACAGUGACACUCUUUAAGGUCUUCUAGAGUAAACUGUUGACACCCAAGUCCCCCACGGUCGAUUCAGCCUGACUUGCUUCCAUGCCCAUCACUGUUGUGGACCUGGCAUUGUUUACCACCAUUACCCACAUUGGAAGCUAAAAUUUUGCUUGAAAGUGGACAUCAAGUAGUUUUGCGAUUGACACAGGUGUCGAAAACACUGGCCAGCCCCAACUUAUAUGUUGUGCAAAAAUGAAGCACCUCACCAGCUAUCAUCCAUUAUUGGAAACUGAAGGUUAAGUAUGGAAGGAAUUCCUUAAAUACGAAAUAGACCAGACAUUUCAAUAAUUUAUGGUGAGCCGGCACAAAUAAGUUGUUCUGGUUAUAUAUGAUAAUGUUUAUGGACGUACCAAAUUUUACCUUUAGCUGUGCUGUCUAAUCUCGAAUUUUGCUUUCUUAUUAGGUAUCUUGGUUUCAGUGAGGAUCGUGUUGACUUUUGAAACACUGGUUGAGUAUUGUUUUAAUAUUUGGGUAUUUUAGACCUUUACCUGUGUUUGGCUGCUCAGAUAUUUCUAAGAUUCACUCUUUUGGUUGUCUUUUCCUCACCUAAGGCCGUGUUAACCAUCGUUGAAUCAUUUUCUUGGAUGAUAUAUCAUAUGCCUCUUUGGAGCUAUGUAAUUCUCUCCCCAGGAAUGAUUUAAUGAAAAUGAUUUCCCCUCUUUUUUAUCUA